AUGUGCCUACUUGGCACUGCCCAGGCUGCGACGUACCCCAACUUUGUGGCGGCCCUGGGCCAGCCCAACUUCUCCCGCAUCGCGGGCGUUAUCAAGACCCUGGGCCUCACCAACACCUUCAGCAACCCCGGCCUGAAGCUCACCGUCUUUGUGCCCACCAACGCUGCCUUUGCCGCGGCCGAGGCCAGGACCGGCGUCUCCUUCAACGCGCUGGCGGGGCAGAAGGCCCUCAUGCAGCAGGUGGUCUACUACCACAUCGCCAAGGAGGUUGUGAGGGCGCCCCUGCCCAAGCGCGCCAUCCCCACCUUUGUGGCCGGCAGGUCCCUCACCGGCGACGGCAUGGUUGUGCGCGGCGUCGGCUCCAACUCUGCCAAGAUUGUGGAGGCCAACGUGCAGUGCGGCGCCGGCCUGGCUCACGGCAUUGACGGUGUCCUCACCUUCCUCAACAUCGGCGGCCUCGGCCACUAG